AUUUCAAGGAAGUGCAGAUAUAAAUUCGACAGAUAUUGAGUAAUGUGAAUUAUUGAAUAAAAAUGAAGUUUUGUUAUUAUAUAAUGAGCCCGGUCUUCUCGCUGUGUCUCACAAUCACAUCUGUUAAAUGCCAAACAACAAAAUCAGGGAUAUGUAGCAAGGAGGGGGAGGAGUUAAAAUGCUGUACAGAUUACGUGAAAAAUGGAGAUAUGUGUAUAGAAUGUAUCGGGUAUUUCGGACCUCAGUGCAACAAAGAAUGUGUACCUGGGUUUUAUGGUUUUGGAUGUCGGAGAAAAUGCAACUGUAAUACGUGUGACAGAAUAAAUGGAACAUGUCUACAGAUUUCAACAGUCAAUAAUAUGAAAUUGAAAGGCAUCUCAUUAGAAAGCUGGUUACUAAUAUUAUUUGGCGUUGUGGUUAUCAUCGGUUCCUUGGUUGUUGUGUUAGUAAUCAACUUUGUACGAAAAAGGUCAUCUCACACGAUUCAAGGAGAGCUGGAAACUAAAGUAAAGAAAAUCGAAAAUUACUCAGAAGAUGACUGGGAAUAUGAAAUGUCCUACGAUGACUUAAGAGAAUCACAGAUGAUUGUUGAUGAGAUAGUCCUUCCAACCAGAAAGCACGGAACGAACACUGAAUCAAACAAACAAUCUAUAUCUUCCUUGUAUGCAAUACGACAUAAAUAUUGA